AUGAAUGUAUAUGAAUUGGAAAAUAUAUUUGGUGUAAUCAAUAAUUCAGGAAAUAUAUGUUUUGCUCCUGAUGGGAUUUCUUUAUAUAGUUGUACUGGAAAUAGAAUUCAUGUAACAAACCUUCAGUCACAUGUUUCUUCUGUUUUUCCUGUUGAAACAUUUCGGCCUAUCAAGUUAAUUGCAAUUGACUCAAGAAAUAGUGUCAUAUUAGUUAUUGAUGAAACAAAUUUUGGAAUACUAAUAUCAGUUGCAACACGUACAGUUCUUUCUUCUAUUAAUUUUAAAGAUGAUGUGUUAUGUGUUAAAUUUUCACCAGAUUAUCCUUUAUUUGCAUUAGGAUUUGAAAAGAAAGUUGAAAUAUGGAGAAUUCCAGUUUUAACUAGGCCUGUUUCUUUUACUUUAGUAAGACAAUACCGAUCAUUUAUUACUAAUUCGAAAAUUAUUCAUAUUGUUUGGAGAAAAAGACGAGUUAUUGUGUUUACUGAUGAAAAUAGAGGAUUAAUUUUAACAUCAAAAGGAGAAAUAAAACAUAAAAUUGCAUUUUGGAAAUUACCUGUAGUUGCUUGUGAAUAUAUUAAUAACCAUUUAUAUAUUGUAUCACCAUCUGGAGUUUGUGCUUCAUAUGAGUAUAAUAAAGAAACAAAAAACUUUGAACAAAUAGAAAAGCAAUUAAUCAUUCCACCAAAAAAUAGAAUUCAUUUUGCUGCAUUUGGUGGUUCUAUACUUGCUGCAAAUAUUGAUGGUGAAAUUAAUAUUUUUGAGACAACUCAGUUUACUAAAUUACAUGCAUAUAAAUGUGAUUUUAAAUAUGUUAGUCUUGCUGUUUCAAAUACAGGCAAUUGUAUUGCGUUAGGAAAUAAAGAAUAUGAUUUCCUUACGGUAUAUGAGUGGAAGACAGAAUCUUAUUUAAUGAAAUCUGUUGGUCAUAGGACUGCUAUUCUUUCUCAAACCAUUUCUCCAAAUGGUCAAUAUAUUGCUACAGGAGAUGGACAAGGUAAUUUAAAUAUAUGGAUGAUUGGUUCAGGUGAAUGUAUUGCUAAUUUUAAUAUUAAACAAGAAGGAGAUGUUGGAGAGGAUUGUGCUGUUAGAGGAAUUGCUUUUGCUCCUAAUUCUCUUUCAGUGAUAGGGGUUGGUGGAAAUGGUAAAAUUAUGGUUUAUGAUCUUAUUAAAAAGAAAUGCUAUCGAGCACUUCAUCCUGACACUCAUCAACUUGAUGGAAUUGUAAUUGAACCAAGGGAUGGAGAUAUUGUUGCUGCCUAUUCAUCAGAAGAUGCAAAAGUCUUUUUGUAUUCAAUUCGUACUUCUAAGUUACUUGAUGUAUUAACUGGACAUGCAGGACCUAUUACAGAUAUUUGUAUUCACCCAGUUACAUCAGAGCUUGCAACCUCUUCAUGGGAUAAAACUGUUAGAUGUGUUAAUUUCUUAAAUGAUCUUCAAACAGAAGUUAUAGAUCAUCCAUCAGAAGUUAUGUCAAUAUCUGUUAAUUCAAUUGGUACAAUGUAUGUUUCAGCCUGUAGAGAUGGUUAUCUUUAUUUAUAUGGAUGUGAUGAUAAAUCGAUGAUUGGACUUAUUGCAUAUAGAAAUGAUUUAGUUGGUGGUAUUAAGUUAUCAACAACUGCAGCUCCAGAUACUUUAAGGGAUGGAAGUUCAUAUAAUCCAACACAAAUUAUGGCAAGAAAAGAAAAAUAUGUAAGUUCUGUAAAAUUCCUUGCAGAUAAUGAUGAAAUGGUUGUUUGUGGUGGGAAUAGUAAAUAUGUAGCAUAUUACAAUGUUAUUUCUAAAUCAUUAGUAUAUAAGUCUUUUGUAACAAAAGACUAUUCAUAUUCAAAUAUCUAUGAUUUCGUUACAAGUAAAAAAUUAAAACAAAACCUUGAUAAGAAAACAAAAAAAAUAAUUCAAACUAAAUCAAUUUGUGUUUCACCUGCUGGUAAAACUCUUAGUAUUUUAACUGAUGCCGGAGUCCAAUUAUAUACAUCAGGAAAUCAUGCUUUCCAACCUUAUUGUCUUUCAGAAGCUAUUACACCUGAAGCAGCUUUAGAACAUUUGUCUAAUGGAAAUUUCCUUUCUGCCUUCAUUUUCUCAGUCCAUCUAAAUGAUAAAAAUUUGAUAAAUCAAUCAUUUAGAUCAAUUCCUAUGGAAGAAAUAGUUAGUGUUGCAAGUAGAAUUCCAAUUGCCCUUCUUUCUCGUGUUUUAGAAUAUUUAACUAAAGAAGUAAGUGGAUUACUUUUCCACAGAGCAGUCUUUUUCACGGCAGCACUACUUAGAUUCCAUAUUAAUACAUUAGUUAAACCAAAUAUCUCUCUUGCACAAACAGCAAUUCCAUCAUCUUCUGAAUAUCUUCCACAUUUACGAAAUUUAUUUAAAGCACUUAGUCUUACUUAUAAGAAGAUGUCAACUCAAAGUCAACAAGCACUUGCGUUAUUAAAUAUGUGUUUACAAAUGUCUCAUUUUCUUAUUAAAAAAGAAUCAGAUGAAAUUGUAUCAGAAUCUGAAAAGAAAGAAGAAAUGAGUGAAAGUGAGAUAGAAGAAAAUAUAAAAGAAGAAAAAAUGAGUGAGGGUGAAAGUCAAGAAGAUAAUAUUCAAGAAAAUAAAAGUAAUGAUAAGUCUCAUAUAUCUAGUAAUGAUAUGAGUGAAGAAAAUGAUUGA